AUGGGUUACCAUUCACUGGUAUUAUGCUGGAAUGGAACGCAGGUCAAUGAGAUGUCUAGACGAAUGCGCUACCACGGCACCACAAAGCACAUGUACGGCGUUUCGUGGCCGUCCAUGCACGCUUGCAUCGCCCGCUGGAUCCCGCCUCUUGAGCGCCCUAGGUUCAUUGCCGUCGUUUACUUCGCUGCAGCACUGAGCACGUCAUUCACGCUGCCCCUGUGCGGCGUGAUCAUCGCGGCGCACGGGUGGGCUGCGGCCUUCUACGUGACGGGCGCGCUGUCCCUCGUGUGGUGCGCCCUCUGGUUCGCCUUCAUGCACGACUCGCCCAGGCAGCAUCCUAGAAUAACAUCAGAAGAGCUGAAGUACAUCGAGGAUGCUUUGCACGAACAUGGCAGCAAUGCUGAUCGUUCACUGAAGCUUCCAGUGAGAAAUAUUUUUACCAGUUUGCCAGUGUGGGCAAUCAUACUCGCAAGUGUUGGUAACAACUGGGGUCUGGCUAUCUUCCUUGCCCAACUGCCAACCUACAUGAAAAAUAUUCUCGGAUUCUCCAUCAAGCAGAACGGGUUUCUCUCAGCUCUCCCUUUUCUGCUGCGCUAUGUGGGCGCCAUUUUAUGGAGCAGUCUAGGAGACUGGCUGACGAUGCACAGAUAUCUUUCAAUCAGAGCAUCUCGCAGAUUAUUUAGUGUUCUAGCACUAUGGGGCCCCGCCGUAAUGGUUCUUGGGGUCUCGUUCUCCGGCUGCAACUGGCAAGCAACCGUCGCUCUCAUCUGCCUUGCACUGUUCUGCAACGGAGCUGUAACGGCCAGUAUCAUAGUCAAUCAUACGGACAUUGCCCCUAAUUUCUCCGGGACACUCUUCGGGAUUGACAACACGUUUAGCAGCAUCGUCAGCUUUGUGGCUCCCGUCGUAGUAGGAGUCAUGACGGAUGGAAAACAAACCCUUGGUCAGUGGCAGAAAGUGUUUUGGAUAUGCGUCCCAAUGUACGCUUUCACUGAGGUCUUUUACCUCGCCUUCAGCUCCGGCUCCAUCCAGCCCUGGAACGACAGAGUCAAGGCUUCUGCUGAACAAGAGCUCUCGGCGGAGAACGCUGAACGUAGGGAACUAGUAACGCUUAGAGAUGAACAAAGCGUCAAGGAAUAACAAAUUAUUUGGAUGUCCUUUUACGUGUAAUCAAAUGCUAGAGGAUAUAUUGGUUAAUUUGGGUUUAGUUUGUUUGGUUUCUGCUGGAUUUGGUUAGUUUAAUUUCAGCGGGGAUUUGGUGCACGUUAAGUUAGGUUAAGUCUAGGUUUGGUAAGGUAUAUUUCCUUCACUGUGUAAUAAUGGAGCUGGUAGCUUUGGCGUUAUAGGUCACAGGUCAGAUGCAGACCAUUCAGACUGAUAAAGAAAACUGUUAAAUGUAUCCAAUUAUUUCAAUAAAAUUAAAGCUUAUGUAUACUAGUUAUCCUGUUUUUUUAAGUGUAAUGUCCAGCCUACAGCAUUUUUCCAAAAUGUUUAAUUAAAUGAAGAAUAAACGUAAACAAUCA